UCGCCUGCUGCACAGAGCGUGCAGGCUGUGGCACACCUGAGCCAAGCAGAGGUCAUAUAGGGCCUGGGGGCCCUCGGCAUCCUGCAACACAGCUACAGAGGAGGAAGGCAGGGCCAAGCCUUCCCUCUGCUCAAACUACAGAGAAAAUCACACCAUCAGCCUCCCUCUUUCUGUAUAUGGACCACCCUCUACUGUUCUCCUAGUGGACAGUGUUUGCUUGUGCCAUAGCUGUGUGCAGGCCUUCAUUCUCAAUGAGAGCAAAGACAGAGGGAGACUGAGAGUGAGAGGAGGAGAAUGGAGAGCAUGAACCUGCAUAGGAAACACAACUGAGACACCAAGCUGGGUCUUACCUGCACCUCCUGGACCGCUGACUGAACUCACUGACACAGAUCUUUAGCUUGUUUGGCGAUAAAGACAGGAGGAACCAUGGGAUCUGGAACAUGGAGCCUAUUUAUUCUGUUUGGUCUGUCUUUCUGGAGCAACAGCCAAGCCCUCACCAAGAACCCCAUCCUCUCUCGGAUACGAAGGGCACCAGAGGCCAACGGAGAAGGCAAGAAGUGCUCCUACACCUUCCUGGUCCCUGAGCAGAAGAUCACAGGACCAAUCUGUGCCGCCCGCGGUUAUUCAACCGACAAGGACCGAGUGACACGUCUGGAUGUGGCUGCGGUGCGCGACCUCCUUUCAAAGCAGCGUCGAGAGAUGGAGACUUUGAAGCUGGUGGUGGAUGUGGAUGGCAACUUGGUGAAUGAGAUGAAGCUGUUGAGGAAAGAGAGCAGGAACAUGAACUCUAGAGUGACUCAGCUGUACAUGCAGCUGCUGCACGAGAUCAUCAGGAAGAGGGACAACUCACUGGAGCUGGCGCAGCUGGAGACACGCAUCCUCAACGCCACCGCAGAGUCACUGCGCUUGGCCUCCAGGUACAGGGAACUGGAGGCCAAAUACGCAGCCCUGUCUGCAGUAGUGAACAACCAGUCAGUGUUGAUUGGGGCACUGGAGGAGCGUUGUAUGCAGGUGUACAGCCGCAGGCAUGAGCAUUCACCCUUGGGACCUCCACUUGUGCAGGUGGUGCCUGAGAACAUUCCUGUUAAUGUGCCACGUUUCACCAAUGAGAUCCAGAGGGACAACACCCGAGGGUUUGCCCGUGAAAGGGGCUCUCGCUCUGGGCCGUCACCCACAAGUGGCACCCUGGAAGUUCAGAAACCUCCACAGAGAAACUUCAGUGCUGAAGGCCCGUUCAGAGACUGUCUCGAGGCACAGGAAGCUGGCCACAGCACCAGCGGCAUGUACCUGAUCAGACCAGACGAAGCUGAGAGGCCAGUGCAAGUCUGGUGUGAACAGGAUAUAGACAACGGGGGCUGGACCGUUAUCCAGAGCAGGAGAGACGGAUCCGUUAACUUCUUCAGAAACUGGGAUAACUACAAGAGCGGCUUUGGAAACAUAGACGGGGAAUACUGGCUCGGUCUGGAAGGCAUCUACAACCUGGGGAGGCAGCGGGACUACAAGCUGCUGGUGGAGCUGGAGGACUGGAUGGGCAAGAAGGUCUACGCUCAGUACAGCAGCUUCCAUCUGGAGCCUGAGAGCGAGGGAUUCCGCCUGCGCCUGGGCACCUACCAGGGCAACGCCGGGGACUCCUUGAGCAGUCACAACGGCAAACAGUUCACUACUCUGGAUCGAGAUAAGGAUGCCUUCUCAGGUAACUGUGCCCAUUUUCAUAAAGGAGGCUGGUGGUACAACAGUUGUGGCCAAGCCAAUCUUAAUGGUGUCUGGUACACCGGAGGCGUCUACCGCAGCAAAUACCAAGAUGGGAUCUUCUGGGCCGACUAUGGCGGAGGCUUCUACUCUAUGAAGUCUGUCCGUAUGUUGAUCAGGCCCAUAGACUGAGGAGAUACUGUAAGCCGGGCUGGUCCAGGGGCAGCUAUGGAGGCCAGGGCAAACUUGAACCUUGUUCUAAAUUGUGACUAAAAAGAACUCCAAUCAAUGGAGAUUACAACCAUCAGUAGUGACUUGAACUGCCUCCCGUAACAGACAUGGACUCUGCGUGAACAUUGUUCUCUUUAUAUCAUAAUAGAUUCACACAUAGAGGGAUUUAAGGGACAUUACUAUUUAUAGUAAGCCAUACAGCUACAAAUACAUGUGAUGGUGAAGAGAAAUUAAGAAUAACUGCAGCUAAAUAAUGAUCUGAUUAAGAGACCGCAGUGUUUUCCUCAUUACUAGGUCACCCCGUGGAGAGGAGGCGCCACAUCCUAAGUUCACUGGUAUUGAUUUCAUUCAUAAGCUUUAGCGUCACAGGGUCUAAAUGCAGCUCUUCCUACCUCGCCAAGAUAAACGUGUAGGGGAAACAUUCAUACAUGGUAUUUAACUUGUGCUAUAGUUGCUGGGAGCUGGAAAAUACAUUUUGUUAAUACAUAUAUAGAUUUAUUUAGACUCUGUAUCCACUUCCAGAUCUGAAAAGACCAACACAUUAAGGAGUUGGAGAAAGGAAGGUGGUUUAAAUUCAUGUUUUAUGUACAUUUGAUUACACAAAAACAGUACUGAUUUUUAUUUUUCUCUCCCUAAACUUCAAGUGACCUUUAUACUGUAUGUUAAACUACUUUGUCCAAGUGCAGAUGACCAGAAACAAUAAUUUAUGUGUAUGAUUAACUUAUCAUAACAGUCAAAAGGGCCAGGUGUCCUGAGGGAACAGUAAAUGAUCCUACAGAAAAUACAACUAAUAUCCUCCACUGUAUAUAUGACAAUCAUUCUCAAAGUGUGCUCGCACGUAUGGAAAUUGCUGUUAUAUGUUUUUGUCAUUUGGCUGUUGAUUAAAUUUCAGUAUGACUCUGGGAAAAACAAGCAUUGUUGAGAGAGAGAAAAAAAGAUGGAAUUACGUUCUGUUUUGAGUGGUUUUCGAGCAUGAAAAAUAUGCUGACCAAGCUUUGAGAGUUAUAGGCAAUGGGAUAGACAACGAGAAACACAUUGCUGAAAGCCAGACAGGAUGGAGAAAGAAAAAGAGAGGAGGGAGGAGGGAGGGCAGGAGAUGAACUGGGAUGGAAUCGGUCCAAAUUUCCAAGUUAUUUUCCCCCCCUCUUCCUUUUAAAUACAGAGAAAUUUACAUUCUUUCCACACAAAAGUGCUUGAACUGUAUGUUUUCGUAAAAAUAUCUUUCAUUGACAAAGUCACGGGUGCCUGCACUCUGUAAUCACCGGUAUGGAAGGAAAGCGGCAUCCUUUUGGGGAAACCAUCCCAGAGGAGAGGGGAAGGGGGGGGUUUGAAGUGGUCUGCUUUGAACAACAGCACUGCAUCCAACAGUCUUUGGUCUCUGAGCCCAAAAUAGACCCUCAUAUUGUGUUGUUUUUUCUUAUUGACCACAAUGGCCCUCACACCCAUCUCUUUAACAAACUUUUAUAAAGCAACAAAACACAAAGCCGGGAGACCGGUCAAACCCAGCUGGACAUGGAAACAUGUUUAUGAACAUGUAACAAAGCAGUGUCUUAUAAAAGCAAAAAAAAAAAAAGUUAAAAUUAAACAGCAAUAAAAGCUGAAACCAAUGAGUCACAAUACUUGGCAGAACAGUGUUACGCAACUAACAGUCAAUAAAUAGAGAACAUUUAGAGUCACAUCAGAGGACAUUCUUGUUCAUUCGGAUUCAAAGGAACUCCUUUCAUGUCCCAUGCUGAUUUAUACUGUUAACCAACUUAUAAUUAGUGCAUGACUUGUUAGUUUUUAGUCUUUGCUAAGAUUACAUGCACAUUUCAAACUUAUCUUGUUGGUGUGAGUCAUGCAGAUGAAAUGUUGAUGUUUUUCCAACUGAUUCAAACAGACACUGUAAGUCUUUAUGGAAGGAAGUACCAAAAGGAUGUUUUCCCGACUGAAAUUGUGAAGCAUAAUUGUGUUUAACAGUAAUAAGAGUUCUUUUAAAUGUGCGUGGCUGUGUGUGCUUUGCGUUGGCAUGAAAAAGUUGUGAGGAGACUGAUGAAUACAUAGUAGAGACAUCUCAUUUCAAGUUGUAACACAUUUCUGUGGAUGACUGGGUAAGGGCAAGUCAUCAGUUCAGGUCUGAACUACAUGACUCUUUUUCACUGUGUAUUUCUUUUUGUUCCACUGUCAAACAAAGCACAAUGAAUACCUUUGUACCUUAAAUUUGUCAUAACCAUCAAACUUCUGUUUCCCGAAGGUAGGCCUAAUGAUUUCAUUAAUAGAGUGUCUACAUGCA